CUGCCGGCGGCCAGGUCCAUUCGCGUUGACGUACUCGCCUGUAGUACGUGUGCCUUCCGCUAUCCGCGAUGUAGUUCGCAUCCUCGCGUGAUCGCCGCGGGAAGACUUCCACACAGCUUUUCAUGCGUUUGGUGCCUUAAGCGGACAAGACGCCGCCAUGUCUUCCACCGCGUGCGACAUCGGUGCGGUCCGCCUGGAGAUCAGACCCCUGCGGCCUUUCAAGUCCAGCGAAGAAUACCUCUGGGCGAUGAAAGAGGACUUGGCAGAAUGGCUCAAUACGUUGUACGACCUAAAGUUGACAGCGGAAUCGUUUCUCGACGCCCUGGACGACGGUGUGGUUCUCUGCAGACACGCCAACAAGGUUCUUGAGACCGCACGCCUCAAGGGACAGACAGCGCUCUUCGCGCUGCCCGAAAGGGACGUGGUGUACCGCGCGGACGUGCAGAGGGGGACCUUCCAGGCACGCGACAAUGUGUCCAACUUCAUUGCGUUCUGUCGCGCGUUGAACAUCAAAGAGUGCCUGCUUUUCGAAACGGAGGACCUUGUUAUGCGAAAGAAUGAAAGGAGUUUUAUCCUGUGCUUGCUGGAAGUGGCUCGCAGAGGGGCCCGAGUCGGAAUGCUGGCUCCUCUCCUGGUGCAAUUCGAACAGGAAAUCGACGCAGAAUUGGAAGACGGCUCAUCGGACGAGGAUCCUACGCCUCGACCGCAGAUCAUCACCAAUGAUCUCAGAUCUCUGCAUGAAAGGGUUGUGGAUCUCUUGAACCGAUGCACCUGUCCAUCCCAGUUUCCGAUGAUACGAGUUGCAGACGGGAAGUACAGAAUCGGCGACACAAAAGUGUUAAUUUUUGUGCGGAUCCUUCGCACCCAUGUUAUGGUACGUGUAGGAGGCGGCUGGGACACUCUUGAACACUACCUGGACAAGCACGACCCGUGCAGGUGCAGAUCUGGACACCGCACGUCGAUUUCCGCCAGGUUGACCAUGACACCCUCCAAGAAUGGCCCAGCUAUGCAGGUCACAUAUAACAGGCCGCAAGCCCCGACUUAUCCCUACGAGAGUGCAUCACCCAUCACAACUCGGAGGAGCCUCCCGAACCCCAGGACCCAGCCGCUUCCCGAUCCCGAACGAGACGCCGCACCCUCUCGCAACUCCCACUGCAGCGACGACUCGAGCUCGAGCGGCGGAUGCUGCGGGCCGGCGGACAGCAGCAGCGAAACGUCGGAGAGCGAGUUCAAGGCCGCCAGCUCUCGCAAGUGCUCACCGAGGAAGAUUCCCAAGACGGGCCCCAUGCUGCAAGUCGACACGUACUGUUCCAACUGGAAGACCGUCUCGCCCGAGAGGCCAGACUCCGGUCUCGCCCACGAGUCUUCGGAGACCAGCUCCGUCGUCUCGACCGACGACAGCAACCAGGAUUCCGCCAAACCCGCUACGAACAACCCGAAACAGACCACUUCCAAGUCCCGCAUACCGUGCCUUGCGGCACCACCACAGAGGGCCAACAGCAUAGAGAACGUAUCUACCAACGGGAGGGCUCAGCACAGCCAGCCAACCGUGAACGGAAGGCCGCGACAGAGCUCCAUGCCGCCGUCUUCCAGUGCCAGGCGGAAGUCGGCCGAUCCAUUGCUGGCGCCCCUGCCACGAUCGAGGUCUCACAGCAGCGAUGGGGGCAUGCUCAGUGAUAAAAAUUUCUUCCCGCGGGCAACCAUCGGACGGUCGUCCUGGAAGAGCCCGCCGCCGCCGAGGUCUUCAAGGUCCGAGGGAAACGGGGGCAACAAGACCUGGGCCUUCAAACAGCGCAACCAGAGGACGCCGCUCACGCCCGACCUCUUCAGUAAUAACCUCGGUGGGAGUCCGACUCGAGCUCAAAGGCCAAACGCAAUUUCACCGCUCCUCCAAGAGCUUCUAUCGGACAGAGAUUUGGACUCUGACGACAAGCUCCUAAAGAAAAUGGAGUACUUUGUGAGCCAGUACAGGGCACGCCUUGACGAAUGUGAAAAGACUAAGCAGUUCAGUGCGAACGACGGUUACAAUAGCAACACCUUACCCCGAAUGUCACACACUGCGCCAACAUCGCCGGACAGUUUUCGCAGCCCGCCGUGCCGAAGGAGAGGAUCUAAGAUACCUAUGGCAACAUAUUACGGCAGAGACUAACUACAGGUUCUCAGAGAGUGCGUAGAUGAUGGACGAUGUAAUUAUAUGUAUGACUGACGUGCAGUCCAUGUGCAUGCUUUAAACCACAAGUUUCGUGUGCUUUUCACAGCACAUAAAAGUGCGAGUCAGGGAAGUAGUUGCCACUACUCACACCAGUUGCGACUGAGAUACAAGUAGUAGGCAUGGAGAAAAACUGCGUAGUAAUCAGCUCUUUGAGGAUGUGUAAGUAUCGGGUACGUUCACCUGCAAGGGACCUUUUUUUUUGGUAAGCCAGCAAGAGAGAGACGACCUCCCACAUGAUAAAGGGCAAUGCGCUAUUGUAAUUGUUCAGCUGAAGUGAGACUGCUUCAGUCUAACGUUCUCGAACUGGAGAGAAGCCAUCAGCUGCCCACAGCAGUAAACGCAGAAAGCCAAUUAGGUACACCUGGGUGUGCAAGAACUGCUGUGUCGCAGCAAGGUUGAGUUUGUACCAGCAGAUGCUUGAUGCCUCCUGUGGUACAGGUCAAUUGUAGGACAAUUAUUAGUUUAGACAAGUGGCAAUAUCACGAGGGUAUUUUAGAAGACGUGAAACCAUCAACCUCAUCACAAAGCCCGCAUUUAAGAGAGAUGUCGAGAGUUCUAAUCACACGUUGAGUCAGCUUCACCUUAGUGCUCAUCCAAGACUGGAACAUUUUGAAGGGGAGCACGUAAGUUGUUGAUACUAAUGCAGUCAUUGUUAGUGCUUCUUUGGUAGCUUCACACAUUGAAAAUAAAGUUACAUUUUUGUA